GGCCCGGAAGUUCCGUGCUUCAUGCUGGUUCGAUUUUGACGCUGCCGUGACCUCUCUUUGUAUCCCGUACGUUCAAACCUAUUUACCAUGGAAUAUAUAUACCAAACCGCCCUUGUCAUAUGCAAAAAAAAGAAAACCACUCGCUAACCUCAUUCUUCUCUGGUCUACGUCGCUCAAGAUGGCGAGAAGAACAAAUAUGGAACCCCCGUCGCACCAAAUGUCAACGCCUAGUAUCACCAGCACCUCUUCUCCGUCCGUGUCGAUCCCAUGAUCGAUGGUAUCAACAACACCUCAUCGAAUCCGACGUCCUCCCUAUCCCUGAUGCAGAGACUGGCUCCGCGGAGAACUUUGCCGGGAACGGGUUCCUCACGCAGGAAACUGUAUUGAAGAAAGAGGCUGUGAGGCCGUACGAUUGGGAGAAGGAGCGGAGGUGAAGGAUCGUCAAUACCGCGAGGAAGCAUUAUAGCAGCGGGAAGAACGUCGGGUAUGUUAUCUCUGUGAAGG